AGGCACUUCAAGGUCGUCUCUCUUCUGCGGCUCAAGGCAUCUGUGUAAAUCAUUCGUCUGUUGCUCCCAUGAAGAAUGCGACUAUCAAUGAGCGUUGUUUUCAUAGCAUCCAUAGCUUGGUUGUUGAAAUACAUCCCUGCACCUGCAGUCACUACAGAGAGAAGAUGCGUGUUCUUGGCUAGUCCACAAAACACUGAACGGACCCAGAAAGCAGGGAACAUAAAUGGACGCAGUCAGGACUGUGCCAGAACUGACUGCUGCAUGGGUUACUUCCGGCUGGAGAGUGGAAAACCCAAGCCUGUCCUCUUAGGUUGUAGUAUAAUCCAUACCUCCUGCCCAAACUUGCUAUGCCAUGCAUCAGUACAUCUUCAGAACUACAUUGGGUGUGCGUGCAGCUCAGAUUUCUGCAAUAUGAACAUCACCUGGAAUCAGCAAGCCAAGCAAAAUGAAUACAAGCAACCUCCGUAUAUCUCAGAUCUGCUGAGUGCCAACAUCUUCAUUAUUCCUGCUGGAGCUCUGAUUCUGUUAUUUUUCCUCAUAACUGCACUGAAGUGGAAACUUCUUAAAUGCUGCAGGCCUGUAACACCUCCAAACACACAUGACAUGUUAGAGGUAGCUAAUAUUGACCUGGACAAACACUUGGAGAUGGAAAAAGUAGUUGCUUGUGGCCAUUUCGCAAGUGUGUGGCAGGGAACUUUCCACGGAUCAUCGGUGGCCUUGAAAGUGUUUCCUACAGCACUACAACAAAAGUUCACUAAAGAGAAAGAUGUGUACAAGCUGCCUUUAAUGAUGCAUUCUGGGAUUGUAAGGUUUCUUGGAGAUGGAAAAAUAGGGCAAGAGUUUGUGCUUGUUUUGGAACUGGCAACCCAAGGUUCUUUGAAUGCAUUUCUGUCUAGAACGGUGAGUGACUGGGCAUGUACGCUAAAACUAGCUCAAACCCUAUCGCAAGGAUUGGCCUACCUGCACACUGACUUAAAAAUGAACGGAGUCUAUAAGCCAGUGGUGGCUCAUUGUGAUCUCAGCAGCAGUAAUGUUCUGGUGAGAGCUGAUGGUUCCUGCGCUCUGUGUGACUUUGGAUGCUCAACAGUGCUACAGUGCCAAGCAUUGCAGGGUUAUUCUGGCAUAGUAGAGGGCAGAAUUCAGAUGGGGACUCUGCAGUACAUGUCACCUGAGAUCUUGGAGGGAUGUGUUAAUCUGAGCAGCGGUCGCUGUUUGCUUCAGGGAGAUGUGUAUUCCUUCGGACUACUGCUUUGGGAGUUGCUGAUGCGUUGCUCUGAUCUCUGCAAAGAUUCUCCUGUUCCAGAACAUAUGUUGCCUUAUGAGAUGGAACUGGGACGCAGUCCGUCCCUUGAAGAUCUUCUUACUUUCGUGUUGGAGAAAAGAUUGCGUCCAACUAUACCUCAUCUGUGGACCAGAGUCUCCCAGGGAUUGAUUCUCCAUGAGCUCCUUGAAGAUUGCUGGGAUCAUGAUGCAGAUGCAAGACUCACAGCAGAGUGUGCAGCCAAUAGAUUAGCUUCUUUAACACUCUGAUCUUGCCUCGUAAAGACCGAAGUCCGUGUGCAAAUUUAACGUUGCUGAACAUUAUAUUAGCUGAUGAACCGAUAUUAGUGAGUGUGAAGUGCUCACAUUUCUGUGAGCAUGUUUGCUGUGUGGUGAAAUAUUAUAGCAUUUAUGACAAGAGUUACUUAAGAAAGAAUGGUGUAAAGAAGAUAAAAAGAAGAUUGUCUUCAUUGUAUGCAUUUCAGUAUGCAACCUUUCAUAUUAAUGAGAAAUCCAACAUAGAAUUAAUGUAGAAUUUGUUGGAUUCAAAUUUCCAGAAUGCACUGCAGCUAUGCAACACAGUUUCUGUCAGCUUUGACACAUUUUACACACUUUUUCGUGCUGCUUUGCUAGAUGUUCUUACAUUACUGGAGCUACUAGGUUAGCGGUGCCUGCUGUCUUUACUCUGCGACUUUCUUCCGAUUAAUAUCAAGGUCACGGUUCAGACACACACCACGCUCCAUGUCCAGUGUAACGUGAUCUUCAUGGUGUAACAUCUCUGCUUGCAGAAUAAAGAAAUAACCCUCUUUGA